GCUCUGCUGGACAUAGAUAUCUGUGGGCCAUCAAUCCCUAAAAUGAUGGGUCUAGAAGGAGAACAGGUUCAUCAGAGUGGGUCUGGAUGGUCUCCAGUGUAUGUUGAAGAAAACUUAGGUGUCAUGUCCGUAGGGUUCUUGCUUAGUAGUCCUGAUGAUGCUGUCAUCUGGAGGGGACCAAAAAAAAAUGGGUUGAUAAAACAAUUUCUUCGUGACGUGGACUGGGGUGAAGUCGAUUACCUGAUUGUAGAUACCCCUCCAGGAACAUCAGAUGAACACUUAUCAAUCGUGCAGUAUCUUAGCGCAGCGCACAUCGAUGGGGCUGUUAUAAUCACUACCCCACAGGAAGUAUCCCUUCAGGAUGUUCGGAAGGAGAUCAACUUCUGCCAUAAAGUGAAACUGCCAAUCAUAGGUGUUGUGGAAAACAUGAGUGGCUUUAUAUGUCCGAAGUGUAAGAAUGAAUCUCGGAUCUUUCCCCCAACUACUGGAGGUGCAGAGAAGAUGUGCCAAAACUUGAAUGUUUCCCUCCUGGGUAAAGUGCCUCUAGAUCCUCAAAUAGGAAAAAGUUGUGACAAAGGCCAGUCUUUCUUGUCUGAAGCACCCGAGUCUCCAGCUACGUCAUCUUACAGGAAUAUCAUUCAAAGGAUUCAGGAGUACUGUGAUCAACACCAUUUUCGAGAAGAAAAGAUUAUCUGAAAUUUAGUUCAUGUGUAAUUAUAGAAAUGUAACUUAUGCCUUGAUUCCAUAGAAGGAAUGUAUUCUUUUUGUAUCUUGCAAAUAAAUUCUUAAUAUGAA